AUGGAGGACGAGGAGCCAGUUUACACUCAUGGAGGGGAAGGAGUGUCGCCGCUGGUUGUGUCGUUCAACAACACGCAUGCCAGAAUUCAAAAGAAAAACCAAACCGGACAUGACAUGACCAUGACAAGCCCUGUGGUUGACAACACUACGGAAAUUCAAGGUUCCAGCAGUACCAUGACGGAUGAAAGCAAUGGCAGUAGACCAAUCCAAGAACACAACAAUAAAAGUGACAACAACAGCCACGGCCAAUUCCAAUGGCACUCGCAGAAACGAAAGUUCACGACGGAAAAUCCGCAACAAGACCACAAAACCUUCGAGCAACAACCAGCAAGAAACGCACUCAUCUCAAUGCCGGUAUAAAGCAACGACACGUAGAUAGUAUCGACAAUUCAAUAGCACCAUGGUGAACGCACUAUGGGGUAUCGAUUCGUGUGGUCGAGUUGAUUACCGAAGCAUAAACCAGCGUCUUAUCCCUGCGCGUCUCCGGAUAGCGCCUUGACAGAAACAAAAGACAAAAGACAGAUCAACGACCG